GAAAAAAGGUAUUCACUAUUCAGUACCGCAAGAAAAUCCAUAAAUAAAUGCUUGAACUUGAACAUUACAUGUUCAUUCCAUUUGCAAUACAGUUAAAAGGUUAAUUCCAAAAAGUUGUUUAUAUAUCAAAAUGGGAUAGACUAGAAAUGCCUAGAGAUUACUUUUAUUUCUAUUUUAAGGCCAUGAAACUAUGUCAGCAUCUAAAAAUAGAUCACUGGACUGGUCCAGAUGUGCGGAGGGGUUUGCAGAUUUUAAUAUUGACAGUGGAAGUGCAACAAAAAAGAAAAUAGAGCCAGUGAAAAGAAAAUCUUCUGAAUCUGUAUUCAGUCACGGAAAUAUAUUUGAAAAAUUGGCAUUUGGCUAUGAGGAAGACAAAAGUCAAAGUAUCACAUGGAGUUCAAGUGAAGAUGAGAAAGUGGAGAAAAUUGUACCAGUUGUGAAGAAACCUAAACGUCAGAAGACACCAAAAACUAGUGCACCAGCAAGACGAUCUACCAGAAGAAGCAAU